AUGGACUUCCUUAUCAAUUUUAUGCAAAUAUGCACUGAUUGAUACGCAAGGAGGUGUUCAGAUUGACAUGAUAGCCGCGCGAUUGUGUCUCUCGAUUCCUUUACAUUGAACGGGAAUUUUAUUCCAUGAAAAUAAGCAAGAAUAGAGGAACAUCUGCACAGGAACAUGUAAGGAUAUCAAGUAUUUAGUUUGUUGAACCGGCGGAUUAAACUUUUAGCGAAAUUGGAGUCCAACAAUGGGCCACAAAGGAGUUGAUAAUUAAAUUGUAAAGGUUUGAAUUUCACGCUGUGUAUUUGAUAUGACGUUAGCAGAAAAUACCCGAUUCGAGGAUACAAGUCAAUUUGUUUACUAGUCACUCGGGUCGCAUGGUACUGUUAUUUUCAUGUCAACAAACGGUAAUUACUUACUGUAUCUUUCUUUAUUUAGUGACAUCGAAUGUCUAAAUACUACGCACUCGAUUGUCAGGAAAUCGGAAAGUUGACAAAGACGACGUUGUAUCCCGCCGUAUUUACAAGCCCGUUGAAGUGGACUGAUAUAAGAUGAAGCGUAAGCAGAGAGAACCAAGGUAAGGAUCGUACUAUUCCUCCACCAACUGUGACUUUCACGCGCGAAAUUUGGCGGUAAAAUUUAAAUACAUAGUAAAGUACAUACACAAAUCACAUGGCAUGUAUUGGCAGUGCGGCAACUUCGACUGAUACUCGAUAUGCACGUUGUCGUUCGUUGUGUAUUUGUCUGGAAAACUAUAAAGCAUAUUGUCGUAUUAUACAUUGUGUCGUGAAUUGGCGCUUUACGUAGCUAAAACACUCACACAGCCUGGUUUCAAUCGCUUUAUAACGAUUGUAUUGAAACAUAUAUAUUGAAACCAUUUACGGGUUAGCAUUAGUGUAUUAACGGCUUGAUUUAUACCCGAGGGAGGCCAAUGGAUCAUCCCUGAGAACAAGUAGUUCGCUUGUCUUGACGAGUAAUCUUCUGUUUUCUGUGACUGUUGAUAGAUGAUACGUAGACGAACUGUCUUUUUGCUGAUCGUUCUAUAUUCUCAGCUGCAGAGAAAGUUCGCGAUCCAGCCCUUUAUUGCGCUAUGAUUUUAUUUACUCCUAUAGGCUAGAACUUACUAAAAUUAUAUCCUAUAAUUUGAUAAUUUCCUCUGUUUAUUACAAGAGACAUAAGAACAAGUCAGGAAAAUUUACGUAUCGUUAAUUUUUAUACUAUUACUUAUUAGUUUUGUCUGGAACGCGAAAAUGACAGAGAUAACGUCUUAAUAGUUUCAAUGCGUAUCGUAAUGUAUGUCUGGUGACUUUAUCUUUGCUUUUGUUUGUGAAAAAGCCGAUAAUAAAAUCUUGCAAUUAAUAAAUGAUUAUACAUUUACGCGCAAUUUGAAAGUUGCCUUUGCAAAGAAAGUUGCUUAAACUUGUUGUUGUUGUUGUUUUCCUAUUACAAAGAAUAUUCCGGGGGCUCUUCCGGGUUAAAAUUUUAAACAAAAUAUCUUGCCACUAUAUACAGAAAAAGUCUUUGGACAAUAGCCAUUUAAAUGAAAGAGUAAGAUAUGAUCUAUUAUAACGUUCCACUUUGCAAGCUUUUGAUUUUAAAUUUAUUCAUUUUUCAUUUAUAAAGAGCUAAAAACUGUAAAUUUGAUAAUAGUAUGAGAUAAACUAUUUUGAUAAUAGUAUGAGAUAAACUAUUUUGAUAAUAGUAUGAGAUAAACUAUUUUGAUGAAAUCACCAUUUAAAUGAAAGAGUAAGAUAUGAUCUAUUAUAACGUUUCGCUUUGCAAGCUUUUGAUUUUAAAUUUAUUCAUUUUUCAUUUAUAAAGAGCUAAAAACUAUAAAUUUGAUAAUAGUAUGAGAUAAACUACUGAUUUUGAUAAUAGUAUGAGUAUUUUGAUGAAAUCAAGGAUUAGGAUUCUUGUUUCCGUUUCAAUGACGCAAGUAUGUUCAUCAUCCAUUGACAGUUUAUUAAAUUUCAAAAUCAGCCUUAUCUUGUCUCAUUUCAUGUGUUGGACUUCGUACUGUAUAAAUUCCUCAUUGCCUCUUCUGAAAAACAAGGUAUUCUACAUAACAAUAUUAGUUUUGUUUAAUUUUACCGUCGUUUCAAAAUUUUAGACGAAUACCACCAGUAACGGAAACUCCUGAUGAGUUAGACAAAGAAUCACCUGUUUUUAAUAGUGUUUCCGACGAAGCAGAGGCAAAGCGCCUUAAGUCUGAAACCAACAUUACGACAGAAAACAUUUGCGAUGCAACGGAUUCGUCAGAAUGGAAAUGGAGCAUCUCCGAUUUUCGGAAAGAACAUUCGGAAAAUUUUAAAGAACAAUUAGAUGAUUCGAAUGAACGGUCAAAAGAUUCCAACGAACAUUCUAAUCAUUUAGAACAACUGUCGAAUGGUUCUAAAGAAGCUUUAAACAGUUCGAAAAAAUCAUCGAACAAUUUAGAACAUUCCAAAGAAUGUGUAAAGAAUUCAAUGGAAUCUUCCGAAAUUUCUAAAGAACCUGUGAGAACCUGCAAAGAAAAUGGUGGAAUUUCUAAGGAAUUUUGGGAAAGUGUGAAGCCUGAAUCUCAUUUGAGAAACCCGCCACAGGUUUUACGAAAUGAAGCCUUUCAAGACUGGAAGUUACCUGUUCGAAGUUUAAGAGAACCGUCGAGUUAUGUCAAGCUUCACUCGCCUCAACUCAAUUCAAACACAAGUGUACUCGAGAAAAAUGGGGAAGUUAGGAAUGAAUCACAAGAUGACAAUAUGCCUGUGAUUCUUAACGUAUUUUCAUUAUCAAAAGAUCCAGCGAAGCAGUUUACCUCGAACACCAAACAAGAAAACAGUGUUCUUUUUACACCGCCGUGUUCACCUCCAUAUGUGCAACUUGGACCUUUCGGAGCAGCACCAGUCGCCAAUCAAAAUCCUCGCUUCCGUAACGAGUUUAUGAAUCAAGCAGCUUUUCAACAGGGGCGAGAAAACUGGUAUAAACCAGUACAACAAGUUUAUCAAAAUUUCCAAGACUAUUCGUCAAAUCCACUCCAACAAGUUAGAUCGCAAAAUAAACCGGUACAACAAGUUUAUUAUAAUUACCAAGAGUACUUGUCAUAUCCGGUCAAACAAGGUAGUUCACAAGGAUACUUGAAUAAACCGGUACCGCAAGUUUAUUCUAAUUUCCAAGAGAACUACCCAAAACAAGUUCAGCAAGUUGCUUCACAAGAUUACCUGAAUAAACCUGUUAAACAGGUUUAUUAUAAUUACCAUGAGAAUUGGUCAUAUCCGGUCCAACAGGUUAAUUCACAAGAAUACUUGAAUAAACCGGUACAGCAGGUUUAUUAUAACCCACCACCAGGGUACUUGUCCAAACCAGUCCAAUCGUUUAAUUCACAAGAAUACCUGAAUCAUUCAGUCCAACAGACUAAUCCGCCUGAGUAUUUACCUAAUCGGGCUCAAAAGGUUAAUCCCGUUAAUCCGCAAGAUUACGCAUAUAAUCCAGCCCGACAAAAUCCACACCAAAUUGCUAAUGGAGUUCUCCCGUUAGAAAAACAAUGUUCAAAUCAAAAUAUGUAUGAACGUCAAAUUCAACCAAACACAACACAAUUUUACACUCAGAGAUAUGUUGAUAGCAAGGAACAACCAGCACCCCAGCUUAAGAGCAUUUUGAGUGAUGGUCAAUUGGUAGAAAGAGGACAUUCGAUGGCUAAGGGUAAUGGGGUUUACGCACGAUUCAAGCUCACGCAAUCGAUGGUUGAGAGUAAUACAGAAUCUCGUCAGUCUACUGAGGGUCCACCACAGUUCUAUCAAAUACCCGCCGUACAAGAUGGAUCAAAUAUUGGUUCUAUCUAUUCUGGUGUCCCCAUUAGCAACCAUGAGAAUGUGUCGUCAACGGCAGUAAUGUUCCCAAAUACAUUAUCAACUGUUCAGAACGAGAUAAAUACUCCUCCAAACUACAGCAACGGUGUUUAUGCUGGUAAAUACAGAACAGAUUACGGUUGUUCUGCUAUAUUAGACGGUUACGGAAAAAACAAAGUGCUUUGCAAGAACUCGGAUAGUCCAACUAAUAAUACCACGUAUACUAUGAAACAAUCCGAAGAUCCCUUUGCUACUCCAACCAUGAUUUCUGAGAAACAAUCCGUUUAUUCUGAGAAUUCGUUUUGUAGUUCAACGAUUUAUAUUCCAGGAUCUACUAGUGUGUCUGGAGAGCAAGGCAAGGACAGUCCUCGUGGGUUUUUAUCCCCACGUGAUGCGAAGGUGAUAGAGUUGAAACAGCGUUUGGAAGAACAGGAGGCUACGCUCGAGAAAUUACGAGCGAACCAUUAAAACAUAAUUUUGCACGUUUGUAAAUGUUUGCACGGUUGUGGCAUAGUCUGUUAAGAUAUGAUGGUCUGGAAGCCUGGUAAACUUCAAAGCCAUAAAAUAGAAGACUUUUGUUUGAUGUUGAACUGUACCUCACUGUACACAAAUCCUUUGUCUCAACUUCAUUACAUAUCAUUCAUCGUGGUUGCACGUUUCAUCUCAGCUAUCCCUAUUGGACGAUUACUUCAUUAUACGAGAAUACAAUGAGUUCAAUCACCGUGACCGUGCACAAAUUAACAUAAACUCCGACAAAAACAUAAUACAAUGACUUGUGUUUAGUUUCCAGACCAUCCUAUCGUGACAGACUAUGGUUGUGGGUUUAUACUGUUCUAUAAUUAUUGUUUGUGGUGUUGGUCCAAGCUCCACUAGUUUUUUCAAUUUACUAAAAGACCUAAUGGUCAGGUCAUUAUUUAUGGCGGGGGGGGGGGCACUGAAGAAAAAUGUUUUUCUUGGUAAAAAUGUCGCUGAUCCAACGAUUAAAAAGUCAAAAAAAUGUUUACCCAAGGCCAAAAAAAAAUAUGUGGGUUUCCGGUUUCUUCUUAUAAAAACUUUUUUAAUUUUCCUAACGACCGGACGCCAUUUUGUUUAGUCAGUGCUUCCACAUCCAAAGAUAAAUUUCCCUAAUAUUGCCUCAAAUUUCAAUUUUCCACAAACUUUUUCCUCUAAGUGGAAACACUUACAAGCAUGAUCCAAUAAAAAAGUUUAGGGUCGGGAUUUCGACGUCCAAAAGCUAGGUAGGGUGGGGAAACCGGAAACCCACAUAUUUUUUUUUGGCCCAACCUCCAAUAUCAAUUAAAAAAUAAGUGCCCACCCCUGGUCAAAAACUUAGUUGUCACACAUUUAUGAUUUACAGAUUGUAUUGGCAUAUGAUUGUUGACAUUGCCUUUUAGUCUUAGUCUUUAUGAUUGUUGACAUUGUUUUUCAUUUACCCAAACCUUUUACUCAUUCAAAAUGUUGUUUACCCAACCCUUUUCGGGGGGGGGGGGGCUUUUCUCUCCGGUGCCAUCCCACCCCAUAAAUAAUGACCGGUCCCUAAAGACCGCGUGUCACACGAGGCAAUUUACCGUGAAUCGCGCAGUUUAGGAUACAGAUUCAUUAAUAUUCAAACCUCGAUGUUUUAAGAGGCAAUUUUUUUCAAUGUCACGUAUUUGCAAUGAGAAGUGUUCAAAACCUAAAAUGUUUUUGGCGUUCCUCUCAAAAUUACUUUGUUUUAGCUUUAUUCUCUAGUUUAUAGAGUUAGCUACCUUUUUAAAUGCAUCUGCCAGUUGAGAAACAUAAAAUAAUAGUUAAAAAUUGUCAAUUAAAACUACAAUUAUCAAUGAUGCUUUAAAAUUGACGCCAUAUUUACAGCCAUAUAAGCAAAACUUAGUGAACUUCAGACAUCAUUUUCUCUUUGGCGUACCAUCUUAAAUCUUUUCAUUUUAGCAUUAUUUUACAGAUAAAACACUAAACAUAAUUUCUAAGUUUGUUUGCCGAUCGAGAAACAUAUCGAAAAUUUUGAAUUUAGUCAUAACCCCAAGUGGUAUAUUAUAUACGCAUUAGUUUUGAGCGCUUGUUACGUAACAUACAAAAAAAUCUCCUCUUAAUGGUAUUUUUCAGAGAAUUUCAGAUAGUUGAAUCCGUAUCAAUCCGCAGUUUUCGGGCAUGUAAAUUGCAUUGUGUAACAUGUUUCAACAUAUAACUCUGUUCUGUUUGUGGUGAUGUUAUAGGUUCCCAAAGUCUAUUUUUCUUAAAAAGAACUUCUUGACCUUAUUAAAGAU